AAAGAACCCUUCCCACUUUUCAAAAAAAAAAAAAAAAAAAAAAAAGGAAACUCACGGGGAGUGACUGUGACAGGAGGAAGGGGACACAGAGCUCAGAGACUUCUGCGCUGGACUUUUCUCUUCAGAGUCACUCGGACUUGUGGAAUCCAAUAAUCGAUCACUGACUGUUUUGAGAUCGGUGAUCCAGUGGUCGUGGGAGACUCGGAGGAGCAUGCUGCUCGGAUUUCUGUACAGGAUCUAUGUGCUGUGGGCCUUUGUGGAGGUUACGACCUCCGUGACCAAGACAGCGAAGAGGAAGGUGACUGGUCGAAGGUCGAGGCAGACUUUUGAGCCAGAGCCUGUGGAUGGGGAGUGGUCACCAUGGGGGGAGUGGUCAGAAUGCUCGCAAACGUGCGGUUCUGGCGUGUCACAAAGAAGCAGGAAGUGUAUGCCGCCGCCACCCCCACAAAAUCCACUGGUCUCUCUCUCAUCACCUAGCUGGGCGGGCUACUCGCCAGGGGCAGUAGGAGGACCUCCUGUCUCACCCAUGCGACCAUACUACUCAUCCCGUUAUCUAGUACCACACGCACCUUAUCGCUCUCCUCCAAUCUCCAGCAAUCAUAACCCUGGAGUUUCUCUGUUCUGGCAUGGUCCUGAGGGACCUGGAGCAGCGCCUGUGCCUGGACAGGGGAACCGCUCACCUCCGUAUUAUCAACCAGACUUUGGGUCAACCAGUCCCCAGAGGUUGUCUCCCUAUCAGUCUCCCUACCACCCAUCUUCUCACGGACACCACCAGGCAAGUCGGGUCGCCAGGAGGCCGACCAAUCCAGGUGCAGUGAGACCUGAAGGAGGCAGCAGCAGAAGGUCUGUCUCCAAUAGUCGAGAGGGUUUCCAAGCCAGAAGGUCUUCUCCGAUACGUCCAGGCCAGUUUGGUUAUGGAAAAGUUCCCUUCUCGCUGCCAUUGCACCGGCCCAACCGACAAGCUCGCCACACUCUGAACAGCACCGAAGCUCCGAUCUCAUCCACAGGAUCUGCUGUCAGUAGAGAUGAUGCACCAGAUGCUGAAGAUGUGAGGAGCAGUGAUGACGACAGGGAGGAAAGAAAUACACCGCAGGAGAAUUCAGAAUCAGCCCUUGCUUCUUCUGAGUCACCGAUACCUACCAGCACACCUCGCUCUCGAACCAAAACUGAGCACGGGAGGAACAGGGAGCGAGGCCACUCUGUCUUCUCCUCCCCUCACUCCUCUUCAUCUUCUGUGAUAUCCAGUCGGCGGGCGUUUGACUGGCAGUCUGUCACAGCACCUCCGCCACCAUUCCCCUCCCACUCACACCACAACGUACCUUCCAUCGGGUCACGUUAUUCCUCGCCUUUGCACCGAGGAACCCCGGUACUCAGAGACAGAGAGCACCAUCAAAGUAUCAGUCAUCAGGCUCAGCACUCCAGAAAUGUCUACCCACUGCAGCAUUCCCACGUCCCACUCAUGGGAGCUGGAGAAACUCCUCGCACCUUCAAAUGCUCCGGUCCAGAGACAGAGUAUCGCAGGUGCUUCACGCAGGUUUGUGGCGGCGCUUCUCUGGACUCCAGAGCGGAACAGUGUGCAGACUUUAACAGCAAGGAGUUCAUGGGUCGGCUUUACAACUGGGAACCCUUCACAGAAGUUGGUCCGGAGAAGCAGUGUGAGCUGACUUGCCGACCUGUUGGCUAUCGUUUCUACGUCCGUCAGGCCGAGCGGGUGAGAGACGGAACUCCCUGCUUCAACAUCAGCUUCAACGACGUCUGCGUGAAAGGACAGUGUCUGACGGAAGGCUGUGACGGUGUUUUGGGUUCCGGCUCCGUGAUUGACAAGUGUGGUGUGUGUGGUGGGAAGGACAGCUCCUGUCGAAAAGUCACUGGAAGCUUCCAAAAUGUCACCGUUCCUCUUGGUUACCACAAAAUCUUGGACAUCCCCGCCGGAGCGACCUUCAUUAACAUCACAGAGAGGCGAGCCAGUCCCAACUAUCUGGCUAUGAGGAGUGGAACUGGGGCUUCGGUGGUAAAUGGGCGCUGGGCUGUGGAUCCUCCAGGGAAGUACCAAGCUGGGGGGACAACGUUCACUUACUCUCGACCCAGAGCUCUCGCAGAGGGAGAGGAAGAAAUGGGGGAGACCCUCGUGGCUCCUGGACCCACAACAACACAGCUCCAGUUGUAUAUCAUCUUCCACCAGAAGAACCCCGGCAUCGACUAUGAGUUCUACAUCCCUAUGGAGAAGAAGGAGGUGGAGCGGGAGAAGCCGAUGGACAGAGACUGGCAGACACCCAGAGACAUACAGAGACAGCGGCAGAGGGAGCGUGAGACUGGCAGGGCACCGCUUCGCAGUCCUCUUACUGUGUCUGUGGAAGACCCUCUUCCUGCCCCACCACCCAUUUCCAGCCCUUCUUUUACACCCUCCUCCUCCAUUUAUUCGCCCCAAUACUCGGAUCGCUGGACACCUGAGAGGUCACGUCCCCGGGGCUCAGCACCCAACAGGAAUGCGCGUAUCCCCCCUCGCACUGACCUGCCCCCUGACACUCAGCCACCGUUUGUGUGGAGAAGAGGCGAGCUCUCUGAGUGUUCUGUUUCCUGUGGCAAAGGGUCGCAGCACAGAGUCAUUCUGUGUAUCAACCGACACACCGAUGAAGAAGUCCCAGAGAGGAAGUGCGACUCUGCCUCCAAACCCAUUCCAGAGGAGGAGCUGUGUAACACCCACCCCUGCCCUCCUUUCUGGGAGGCCAGUUCCUGGUCCGAAUGUAGUGUGUCCUGUGGGCCGGGUGUGCAGCAGAGGCAGCUGCAGUGCAGGCAGAGUUUUGGGAACCGCUCCACCAUGGUUCACCCUCAGAGGUGCGCACACCUCACCCAGCCAGAGUCCACGCAGACCUGUCAGCUGCAGCUCUGCUCCCACUGGGAGAUCGGCUCUGACUGGAGCUCGUGCUCUGUGGACUGUGGAGUCGGGAGGAGGACACGGAGUGUAAGCUGUGUCAGCGAUCAAGGCAGUGUGGUGAAUGACAAAGAGUGUAACUCCCGGUUACGCCCACUGGGGAGUGAAGAGUGCAACAUGGGGCCUUGUGUGACUAACUGGUACUUCACCGGCUGGUCCAACACUUGUUCAGCCCAGUGUGGCCCCGGAGUCCAGAGGAGAGAGGUGGUGUGUCUGACCAGAGGAGGCGUGAAAGAAGGCGGUAGUGGAGGAGACUGUGUUGGAGAUAAACCAGCGGACAUGAAGGCCUGCAACGGGGGUCCCUGCGUGCCCACAACCAUGUGGUACAGCAGCCCUUGGUCACAGUGCAAUGUCCCUUGCGGUAAUGGAACCCAGCGGCGAGACAUCAUUUGUGUCCAGAAGAGCGGAAAUGACUUUACCGUUGUCCCGUCCAGCGAAUGUGUUCAGUUGGACAAACCGGCCCCUGUGCAGGGGUGCGAGAUGGGGGAGUGUAAACCUGAGUGGUUCACAACAGAGUGGAGCGCGUGCUCACGCUCCUGUGGAAAUGGUGUCCAGAUGAGGGAGGUCCGCUGUCUGUCACCGGACAGGAAGCACAGCACCAGCUGUGAUCUGAACAGCAAGCCUGACCAGGAGCAGGCUUGCAACACGAUUCCCUGCGGCCCACAGGUCACAGAUGAAAACUGCAGAGAUAGACGCCAUAACUGCAUGAUGGUGGUUCAAGCCCGGCUUUGUGUCUACUCCUACUACAAGAGCGCCUGCUGUGCUUCGUGUACCCAGAGUGCACAAAGAGCAAAGCGACACUGACAGAGCAGGAAGUCAAGGACCGGCUCUGUGAGCCCAAUCACACACAUCGGCAGCCUUGAGGAGGCAUGAAUAUCUACGUAUGUCACGUCCUUCCAGCUGUGAGAGGCAGCUGAUCCUCCUCGUGAAGCUUCAAGUAGAGCCAUGUAUUCCACUGACAGCUCUCGCUGGCAUCAUAAUCACUUAGUGGUGCAUAAUACAGUUCUGUUCAUCGUCGUGAAAAAGUUCUCAACUUUCUUCUUCUACAGUCAAAUUCGCAUACCACUAAUUAUGAAAGGAAACGUGCUUAAGUUGUAAUUACUGUGUAUAAUGCUGUGUGCAGUGCGCCCCCCUCCCCCUCCUGGGCCGCUAUGGAGACCCCCAGCUACGCUAGAAGAUUGCAAUUAACAUAGUGAGUUUUUUAUGUUUGCCAAAAAUAUUUCCUCAAGUGUCCUCCUGUUCUGUUAUUCAGCGCAGAUUGAACAGAUAAACCAAAGGGGGUAGGAGGGGCUGAUGGUGCAAUGUGACCAAAUAUAUCAGAGACAAGACAAAAUCUGCUCAACGAUUGAAUAUGGCACAUUUUCAGCAGAACUUCAAAACCUCCUGUCGUGGUUUAAAUUCAGUUACAUUUCACUUCCUGAGCCUCAAGACUGAUGGUGAUUCACAGUUUUAAGAACAAACAUUGGAGCGUUUCAACAGUGCUGGGCGGAGUCACAAAACAUUGUUUGUGGAUUGCGCUCUUUUUUUAUUGCUAAUUUAUUAUGUUUUAAAGGUCUAUUCUUGUAUAAAAAUAUAUUUUGUCAUUUGUCCGUCAGAUGUGUCCUUUAACCUUUUUUCCCUUUACUACUGUUAUUUCCCCAAUUGUUUUGCCUCAUGAGCCAGUCAUGAAUAAAAACUGAAAGAUGUGGGUAGCAUUUCCUCACAUGAUCAGGUCUGUGCAUCAUCUUUGGUUUAUAUUGCUCUUCAUUUCAUAAAUCUGUGCUCACAUUUAAACCAAUCCCUGAAAACAAAUACUUUGUUUAAUCAACAGCCAUUCUUACAUCGAUGCUCAGUUCAGGCGGAAUGCCACAAUCCCAGGUAGUAUCAAACGAUGAGAGGUAAACUUUCUUCAACUUCUCAUGUGCUCUCUAGAGAGAGAUCUAACAGCAGUUAUAAGUGUGAACCGCUCAGCACUGGUGGUAAAUAUGUAUGCUGUAAUGAAGGACGAGCUGCAGACACAGUUGUAGUUGAUGAGUAAGCUAUUUAUCUGCAUCACUUGUGUACAUUAUAAGGUUUUCUGUCUUGUAUGUGGAUGUCUUUAUGACAACAUGCACAUGAAGAAAAUCAGCAUGUGACUCUGAUAGCCUUAUGAAGAUGAAAUCCCACGAUCACUUUUUUAAAUCACAAAUGAAUAAUAUUGCUCAGUGAAAAGGCGACUUCAACUCUGUAUAUCUGUGAUAUGUUCGAAUUCCUGUCACCCACUUUUGCCACUUCCAUGUGAGCGAUCUGUAUAUUUGUCUGAUAAAUGUGCAUAAUAGUCUGUAGAAGAGCUGCAUUUAUCCUCAUCUAACUGUCAUUUUUCUUUUGUGCACCAGCUUGUGACUUUACUCUGUGCGACUGAAGCUUUGAAUGUGUCUAAUCCCUUGUAGUCCUAUUUUAUACAAAAGGAUAUUAAUUUAUCUAUUAUCUAAACAUGUAAUUUAUUUUUAAUGUUUUGCAAAACCGUUUGUUACCACCAGAGUUUAUGAGAUUGCUUACAGGAGAUCCACAAGUGUGGAAUUUGACUUUGAUUUAUUCGAAAUAAAGCCAUUGGAUGAA